AUGUUACAUGCAUUUUGUGCUGGUAAUCAGUAAAGAGGCACAAUUUUGCAGAGAAUCUACCUUGAAAUGACGUGAUUAUCCUGGUGAAGUUGAAAAAUAAAAGGUUUUAUAUACUUCCAGAUAUAUAGCAAAUCAAUAUGUCAUCCUCACAAAAUAACUCUUCAGACGUGAAGCGUCCUAACAAGAUUGUAAGAUACAAAGCCCCUGAAGAUGCCCCACCAGAUGACCCAACGGCUGAUUACAUGAACCUGCUGGGAAUGGUCUUCAGUAUGCUUGGCCUUAUGAUGAAGAUGAAGUGGUGUGCCUGGAUUGCAGUGUUUUGUUCCUUCAUUAGUUUUUCGAAUACAAGAUGUACAGAAGAUGGCAAGCAGAUGUUUAGUAGCUUCAUGUUGUCUAUUUCAGCUGUAGUGAUGUCCUAUCUGCAGAAUCCUCAACCGAUGACAUUACCAUGGCAAUAGAAAGAUUUGUUUCCUUAUUAAAAUACUUAUUCUCUAAAUAACUCCUCGAUUUGUAUUUAUCAUUCCAAUAUUGACUUUACAAGUCUUGCAAAGAUUAAAACUUCUGGAAUUUUUGACUACAUUGUUUUGUUUUCUAAAAAGGCAAUCUACGUUAGAACUCAAGGUUACCAAAACAUUUCAAACAUGUGCAACACAUUGUAUUGUCUGUGAACUUGGCAAGAAGAUAUCAGAAAGGUUUCUUGUAAUUUCUGAAAAUUUCAAUGGUGUGCAAAGGUUUAGAUGUAAUCAUUCAAAUUGAAUUUCUUUUAACGAAUUUAAAAACUGAUCGAAGGCAACAAUUUUUGUAUAAACCCAGUAAGAUUUUAGGAUAAAAAAAUGAGGCAUAAUAAUUAAACAAAAGAAAUCGUUCCUAAAUUCCCUUCAUUAUAUUUAUUUCUUUGAGGCGUCAUUAAUAAAAACAAUUUAUGUAUAAAGUAAUAAAUAUUUGAGAUCAGAAGACUAAAUGGCACAUAAUUGCUCAGGGAAACUGCAAAAAGAUAGUUAUUUUUAAGGGGACAUUUCUUGCAUUAAUUAAUUUGUUUUUAAAAUGAUUUCAAUACAAUUAAACAAUGGCAUGAUACACACUUCUCUUUUGGAGUGAUGAAUUGAAAUAAAAAGAUUGAAAUAACAAAUUUAUUGACAGAC